AUGGAUGUUUGGGAGAAGCGAGAGCCUGGCGGAUCAUAUGGUGCGUGGAGGCACUACGGUCAGAGCAAACUGGCCAACAUCCUCUUUACCAGGGAACUAGCUGUGCGCUACCCCGAGUUUACCAGUCUCGUCGUCCAUCCCGGAUUAAUCGAUACCGAUGUCUGGCAGAACGAUUGGAUUGCGAGACUGGCGCGUCUCAUGUUUAGAUGGUACUGGUAUGACUCUAUUGCUGGAUCGUAUACCACGCUAUGGGCAGCUUCUGCUGAAAAUGUCGCAAGCGGUGAUUUAUACUAUCCUAUCGGCAAGGUCGAAAAAGGCGACGCUUCUUCAAACGACACAGAACUUGCAAAGAAGCUGUGGGGCUGGUCUGAAGAAAGGGUGAAGGAGUUUACAGCAAUUUGA